AUGCAGGGGGUGUGCAGCGAGAGGUCUUUUGGCUGCUUCUGCUGCAGCAGCUGCAGCAGCAAAUGGCGCAGCGGCUUUUCUUACCCCGAAGUGCAGCAGGAGUGUCUUAGCUGCGGCAAGAUGGUGAAGCCUUUUUCCCUGAGGCCCCUCCUCAAAGUCCCGCCAAACCAGCAGCAGCAGCAGCAGCAGCAGCAGCAGCAGCAGCAGCAGCGGGCGCCGCUGCAGCAGCAGCAGGGAGGUGCUCCGGCGGGGAGAGAGAAGGCCGAAACCCAACCGCAGCAGCAGCAGCAGCAGCAGCAGCAGCAGAGAUUCGUCAGAGAUAGCACGCGCCAACAGCAGCGCCAGCAGCAGCGGCAGCAACAGCUGCAGCAGCUGCAGCAGCUGCAGCAGCUGCAGCAGCAGCAGCAGCAGCAGCAGCAGCACAAGCGUCGUGAGGGAACUCAGGGGCGCUUGCCGGUAGGCUCAAGAGGCGAAAGAAACCCAUACCGCCACAGCUACGAACAAACCCAGCAGCAGCAGCAGCAGCAGCAGCAGCGGCAGCAGCAGCAGCGGCAGCAGCAGCGGCAGCAGCAGCAGCAGCAGCAGCAAGACUGGCCUCCAGUUUCCUUGGGCCUCUCUGUGGGCCCUCCCCCCGGCUUCGAAGAUGUUCUAGCCAGUCAAGCAGCUAGCCAGCUAGCCAGUCAAGCAGCUAGCCAGCUAGCCAGUCAAGCAGCUAGCCAGCUAGCCAGCCAAAGGGCUAGCCAACUGGCAAGCCAAACAGUCAAUCCAACAGCUAGCCAGCUAGCUAGCCAGGCAGCUAGCCAGCUAGCUAGUCAGGCAGCUAGCCAGCUGGCCAGCCAGGCAGGCGGCCAGCCAGCUAGCCAACACUGCAGCCAAGCAGCUAGCCAAGCAGCUAGCCAAGCAGCUAGCCAAGCAGCUAGUCAGCUAGCUAGCCAGCUAGCGAACCAGCUAGCCAGACAGCUAGCUAGCCAGACAGCUGGCCAGCUAGCUAGCCAGGCAGCAGCCACAGGACGGCAGUCUGGAGAGCUUCGAAUUGAAGGUAAAGACAGAACCCCACAGACAAACAGACGAGCAGCAGCAGCAGCAACAGCAGCAGCAGCAGCAGCAACAGCAGCAGCAGCAGAGGCGACUCGGGGCGCCCAGGGCGCGAGCAGCAACCGCAGACGCUGCAGCAACCGCGCCCAGCCGAGCCGCAGCAGCAAGAGCAGCAGCAGCAGCAAGAACAGCAGCAGCAGCAGCAGCAGCAGCAGCAGCAGCAGCAGGACUUGGGGGGGAAAGGCGGAAGGCGAAGAGAACUCGAGGGCGAAGAGCUGUCCAUACACCCCACGCCCCACAGUCUCGCUGCAGGCCCGCAGACAGCUGGUGGCUGCCCUAAUAGAAACUCAAAAAAGCGGAAAGUUGAAAAACAAUUAA